UCAAGUACAGGAAGUGCAGAACUAGAAGAUGGCGCGGUCGCCGCUUUUUUCUCGCCCGCGGACCGGUACAUCGGUUCGCGGCUGCGUAGGGUCGUGAAAUGCCGCGGGCAGCCUCUUGCUGACGGAGGCUCCGCGAAUGUAUGCGGACGGUCUGGAAAUGGAUAGGCGUUGCGCUUUGCGCAGUAACUGCGCUUGCGAUUCUUCUGCAUGUACAGCUGUACCUGUGGCACCACCGGGUCGCCGGCGAGGUCGAAAGAUACAAGGUCGCGGUCGAGAAGCGGACCCGGUCGGAAGAAGACCCGCGGCCACCAGCCGAGCCUGGCACCACGACGCAGAAGCUUUCGCCACCUCCCGUUUCAGGGCAAACUGCCGCGGCGCUUGCCCCCGUGGAAAAGGCCCAAACACCCGCCACGGUGCCCAAAGCCCCGGCGAUUCCGAAAACCGAGACGGACGCAUUGAUUACCGGUCUUCUGCUUCGCGGCGGUGCACUCGAAAAAGGUUCUCCACCCGUGGGCGGUGCCGCGCCGGCGCCGGCAGUCGUUUCCCUAGAUGCGGCGACUACUGCCACCACCACGACUGAACCCGCAAAAGAAGUGCUUGCUACCGUCGCGGUGAGCCGCACUGCUGUACCCCCCACGGACGCCGCACCACAUGCCGGCGCAGUCGAAGCAGAGAAGGAACAGGAACUACCUUGGUCGCCCUCCCUUCAGUUCGACCCCACCCUCCCCCUGCUUCCGCAGUCCAGCAUUGGCACCUUCGUGCUCGCGUGCCGCCGCGCGGACUACCUCGAUCGCACUUUGCAGGGACUCGCGCAGGUCCGCGGUGCCAGUAGCACAGACGAGUUCCCGGUAGUUGUCAGUCAAGACUGCGUGCCCAACGAUGCGGUGAGUCAGGUGGUCCUCCGCAACCGCGAACACCUCCAAGGUCACAUCGUUUACGACCGCGUCGCCGAGCAAGCAGCGCUACGUGCAAACCAAACGACGGCGGAAACGACCGGCCAGACAAGCCUGCUUGGAGCUACUGCUCCACCCGCCGCCACGCCGGCGCCCACGCCGCAGGCGCUGCUGAAACGGGGCUACGCAAAGAUCGCUGAGCAUUUCCGGUUUGCCCUGCAGAAAGCCUUUCUUCGGUUCCACCAAGCGAUUUUUUUGGAAGACGACCUGCAAGCAAGCCCGGACUUCUUCUCCUUCUUUCGCGCCACCUUGCCGGCCCUACAGAAUCCGCAGAGCCGCCUGUUGUGCGUGAGCGCGUGGAACGAUCAAGGCCUUGGCACACUGGUGGACGACACGGCCGGCGUGCAUCGGACCGAAAUUUUUCCGGGGCUCGGGUGGAUGAUCACGAGGGACGUGGUCACGCAGGAGCUGCUGCCCCGGUGGCCUCCGGCCUAUUGGGACGAGUUCAUGCGACGACCGGACGUGCGGAAGGGCCGCGAUUGCCUGCGACCGGAAAUCAACCGGGUGUGGCAUUUUGGUAAAUCAAUUUUGGAAAAUCUGCUGUGGUUUUUCUUCGCAAACGACAACGCAAAUUCAUUCCUGGUGCCAACUCGAGAAAGUGAAUAUGUCAUUCUGGGAUUAAUGUUGCAUUAGCGUAUUCUAUUUGCUGGUCUCAGGUUUUGUAGGGGAGAGCCGCGGGCAGUUUUCGAAAUACUGGAAGGCGAUAAAACGCAAUGACAAAGCUAUGGAUUGGAGGUAUGAAACUGAAGGAAAAGCAGCUGCGGAUCUAGUGACUACAAGUGCGAAAAUCUUCGCACAGACCUGCUUAAAGCAGGUAGUAGAUGAAAAUGUAUGCAUGAUAGUAUAUGGUGUUUACGCAGAAGAAAAAUGCUGCAAAAGUAGCCACAGUGCACCUCCAUCUGCUCGCUUUUCUUUCCCACAACCGCUCCCCCGAACUCGCGCGUCGGGUUGCGGUAGCGGCAGACCCACAGCUGUACGAGCAAUCGCUGCAGCAAGCCAUCGCACACGCUACUUACCUCUCCUCGCCCGUGGACUUGAACGGAUACGCCGGGAAGGGCGCGGAGUACUGGCUCCGGUACACGGAUUUCCACAGUUACAUGCAGCUGGCCUCGUUCUUCCAACUGAUGCCGGAUUGGAAAGAGGGGCAUGUGCGCAGCAGCUACCGCCACGUGCUUCCGCUCGCCUACAAGGGAAAUCGAGUGUACUUGGUAAAGGACUGGCCGGUCGUAGCACCGGCGAAGACGGGGCCGCCGCUGGCUUGAGAAACAGCUGGUUUGUGCUGAACUUGCGUGGAAAUUAUAAACUUCUCAUCAUCUUCUUCUCUCCACGUGCGCAUGACAGUGACCGUUUUGCAAGAUCACCAUGAUUCCGUCCGGUGUAGGCUGCUCCUACGUGAAAG